GAAUAUCUUGGUUCAAAGGGAAGUAUUGUCAGGACCACUAAUGCGUUAAAAAAAAAAUCGCUCGAUGUUGCGUUACACAACACCGGAAAUAAGCGGCUGGUGUAGCAGUGAAUUGUGUCCCCCCUGUCUGUCGCCGACUGGAGUGAGUUACUUUGUGAACAUGGCGAGCGCAGUGUGUGCCAGACUCCUGCUCAAGAGAUCAACACAGGGGUCUAUCUUCUCUAGGACAGUGCCCGCUCUCUCAUCCCCGUUUCUGUCUCGUGCGCAUCGAUUGGGUCCCAGUGAUGAUGAAAUGUACCAGCGUACAACGGUGUCUGUCAUGCAAAAGGAGCCGGGAAGCGGCAUUAUGAUCCACAGCUACAGUUCUCAUGGAUUCAACAUCGAUGGUAACAGAGUGUUCGGGCCCUGUGCUGUACUGCCUCCAGCCAUCCUGCAAUGGAAUGUUGGCAGUCAUAAAGACAUUACAGAAGAAAGUGUUUCACUUUUUCACAUGCUUGAACCAAGAAUAGAGAUUCUGGUGCUGGGGACAGGCGCACGCGUUGAACGAAUCAACCCCUCAGUCCUCGCUCUAUUUAAAAAGAAAGGCAUCGCUUUGGAGGUGCAAGACACGCCAAAUGCAUGUGCAACCUUCAAUUUCUUGACCAGUGAGCGGAGAGUUGUAGCUGCAGCUCUGAUCCCUCCACCUGUCAGCACUGCGCUGGAAGUGACACAGGAAUAAGUGUUGUGAUGUCAUCACAAACGAGGACUGAUUUCUUGCAGAUGAAGAUUAUAGAGGUUCACGAAUGACCUGAGACCUGUGGGAUAUUUGUUCAUCCUCUGCAAAAAGCUUCUAAAAAGAUCAAGUCGGUGACAUCCAGCUCUGAAACACGAAGAAAAACUAGACUAUAACUCUUAUUCUUUGAGAUUGAAGUGUUAAAGAUGCUGUAGUGACCCAGUGAACUGAGCGGGAAGCUGGUUUGAUUCCCGAAGUGGACAGCAGUGUCACAAUCAGGUGACGCUUUCAGGCAGCUUGGGGGUGUGAGUUUGUAUGAGUGGAAUAUGCACAAGUGCUUAGUUUAAUGUAAUUAAGGAAGUCCAUUAAGAAUAAUAAGACUGUAAUAAAGUGUAAAGAAAUACUUUUACUGAGCAUAAAAUAAGUAUUAAAAGUGUUAUAUGUAA